ACAGUUGGCACAGCCCUGCUCAGAGAGGGGGAGAGAGAGAGAGGCAGAGAGAGAGGACAGGGUGAAUUUCGCGAGGAGGAAAAGAGUAACAGGCUCGGGACGCCUUGUCUCCAAAGACUCUUCUUUUUGGAACUACCAGAACAAACUUGAAGAAGGGAGAAGAAGCAAGUCCGGCAUGAGAGCUCCUGCAACUAAAUGUAUUUGAAUUCCUGCCUUCCUACACCACGUCCUCUGGUUUCUCUCUCUCUCUCUCUCUCGCGGAAAUACCCGGAACACACCACCACUCUCCUGGCCUAAGGGUGCACAGCCUGCUCUUGGGCAGAGGAAGUCACCAGAGUCCAUCCCUCACACCUGAUCCUCAGGGGGGAAAAAAACACUGUGUGUGCCUCCAUCCCUUCAAUCUCCAUCUGCCCAUCAUGACCUUGCUGGCCUCAGAGAGGUCGCUGCUCAUCCGUAGCAAAUUCCGCUCAGUUCUGCAGUUGAGAAUACAGAAUCGCAGACAACAGAAGGAACUAUGUGGUGAAUCUGCAGCUCCGAAGGCCUCCUGUCCUGACCAAGCAGGGGAGAAAGAGGUGCAUGGGGUAGUGCAUCAGACAGUGGAUGGCACCACUCAGAAGUCGCCCCCUAAAGGUCUGACUGCUGAAACUGCACAAGACAGGGCUAGUGGUGGUCCUCAGAAACAGAAGAAAGCUCGUCUGGUUGAAGAUCUGAGUGAGAAGAUCCAGAGACGACCUGGACCACUUGAGCUUCUCCAGAAACACAUCCUGCCAUUGGAAAAUGCUCCCAUUUGUUUUGCUUUAGCCUCAGAUGUCUUUGAAGAUGACGUCUCUCCGUGCUCCUCUGCAUCUCCCGAGCAACUCGGGCUGCACCAAUCCCCUGGCUUCUCCUCAUCACCUGGGCUGAGCAGCGACCACUCACUAAGUGAUGGGUCACCUGGUGCCACGCCCACCGAUGGCAACUCGAGCAGCGUACAGCAACCCAAUUUAGCGUUGCUCCCUGCAACUGAAAGCCUCAGUCAGCCUGUCACUAUGACAGUGGUGGCGUCAAGCUCCAUGGCAACGACCGGGAAAGCCAAAGGCAUGUGCAUCUCCUCUCAGACAACACCUGUGCUGCCGAAGACAGCUCAUUCCAUUCUGGGCGGAUCUUUAGUUUCGCCCCGCCCUCCGCGCCCGCGAAAGCCGCGUGACUGCAAGCCUAAGAUGAGGAAGUUGAAGUACCACCAGUACAUUCCCCCAGACCAAAGGGGCGGGGCCGGAGGCGGUCCCGGAAACAGUUCUCAGAAGAACAACAGUCAGUCUCAGCCAAUCGACCCCGCGUACUCUCGUCUCUUACAGCAGCAGCAGGUGUUCCUGCAACUGCAGAUUUUAAACCAGCACCAGCAACUCCCCGUGGCAACCAGCAGUGAGAACCAGUUAGUGAGGUUUUCUGGAGCUGUGCCUCAAAGCUGCCCUCGGCCUGUUCCACCAGCAGCAAACCCCACCCCCUUGGAGACAAGUCCCACCCAGAAAAUAGAGUUACUUCCUCCAAACCUCGACGACCUAACGGUGUCAGAACUUCGGCAGCAGUUGCGAAAACGUGGGCUCCCAGUUUCUGGCACCAAGCCUGCCCUGUUGGAGAGGCUCCGUCCCUUCCAGAUGCCCCGCCCCCAGCUGACCCCACCUCCUCUCUGCCACCUGGAGGGGACCCUAGUAUCUCCGUGCCCGCCUGGUCUGACCCCCUCUAACGUGGAUGUUUCCAGCAGCCCUUCACACGUCUACGUCCAGCCUUCAGGAAUGGCGCAACAAGGCUCAGCUGGUGUCGGUUACUUGACCUCCUCAUCUUCUUCUGCGGGCUCCAGUCCGAGUCUGCAGGCCCCCUCACCUCCACAGCCCCUCGGCGCCCUCUGGAGGCCAGACCAGGCGGCGGAGGAGCUGAGUGUGGAGCUGGAGAUGAGGGAGAGGAUUCGGUGCAGACCCAGAGAAAAAAUACAGGACGCAGUCACACAGCCGUGUGGAGGCACCCUACAUCCGUUCCUGCAACAGGACGCAGGAUGCCUGAGAAGGAAGCCAAACACAGAGGGACAGGUAGUGCUGUGGGCACAGCAGGCGUAUUCCUGUCAGCCAUGUGACACUAUUGGCCAGGAUUUUGAGCUUCCUUUGCAAAUCACAGCAAGCCCAGAACAAGCUCCGCCCACGGGUGGUCGUAGCCUGGAGGAGCUACUGCAGGAAGCCAUUCAAAGAGUACAGAUGGAACCCAGUGAGUCCAUAGAUGACAUUUUGGAGGGAACUGUCGGUUCUUCUGAUUUCCAGUUACCUGGCGCUGCACUGCCAGGCUCCCCUACCCCUCCACCUGACCAAUUACAACCCACCCAGGGCACCUCCAAAGACGACAGAGUCCUGUCAUCUCCACUGUGCUCCUCACUCCUGCUGGAGCUUCCGCCCUCCCCCACCGGUGCCCCACCCCUCUCUUCUAACCCUGCCCCUCCUCCUCCCCCCCUCCCCUUCUGCACCACUCCACCUCUGUGCACCGCCUCCAGGAAGAGGAGGUCCGAUGUUCCAGCCUUUGACCCUGCCGACUGGCUGGAGUCGCUCACCUCGGGCCUGCACCCUCUCACGCCACCUACGGCACCUUUCGUGGAGAUCGACUUGGGUCUCGAUUCAGACCUAAAUGUAAACAGAGUCCUUGACCUGAUGGUGGAGCAGUGGUGAGGCUUGUGGCGAGCCACACGCGUGUGCGCGUGUGCGUGUGAGUGUGUGUGUGUGUGUGUGUGUGAGUGAGUGUGUGUAAUUGGAUGCUUGAUGGGUAAUUACCCACCUUUCAACCCCUGCCUCCCUGGAGAGGUGACCCCUCAUUUUUUCUUCCUACCCUUCUUUUACAUCCAUUCAUCUCUGUCCACUGAUGUGACCAAACAGAUCUGACUGGCAUCGACUGCAACUCUCUGCUCCACACAAUGUCAGGAGAAAGAGAUAGAAAGAUGGUGAGCAUGAGAGAGAGUGAGAGAGACAGUAAGCGUGAGAGAGAUGCUUUGGUGACUUCUUGUUCAAAAAAACAUUACACACAUGCACAUGCACGCACGCGUGCACACACAUGCGCACACACCAGAGAUUAUACGUUGUAUGUAUAAAACAAAGCAAACUUCCUGUAGAUAUGCUCCUUACCUCAGUGCCAGACAAACUGUCGGCAUGUGGUGAGCAGGCACUUCAGCAGGAGCUGUCGGCAAGCUGUGUGUCUUCGCAGGGAAGCGUAUGCGCUCCCUGCGUGUGUAUGCUUCUCUUGACUGCUUCCCUUGUGUGUGUGUGAUUGUAUUCAUGCACACACAUUCACAGGCAUUUAUCUACACUUUCCUCGCACUGUGAGUAAGGUGCCUAAAGCACCUGAAUGCACUUGUUUCGUUCCCCGUACGUUGUUGUACAUUUAUUUCCCCGAUUGAAAAAAACCGCUGCGUCUCGUGCUGUAGCUCGUGGCACAUGCCUCAGAAUGGCUCCAGUCAAAUCCCUCACCUUCAGAAGAGGUCCUCCAGAGGCACUGCCUUACAAUGGAAAUGCCUUUACGUACCUCACUUGUCAUUACACAAGGAGGCGAACCACCUGCUUCCCAGCUCUGGCACGGAGCCCGUUAUUAUCCCAAUAUAAAUAAAAAGAUUGGGGAAAACUGAUCUCAGAGCAGGGCUGUGGAGACAGCUUAAAUACUUUACACCACUUGUAGCGAGCGAAUCUAGAGGAUUUUGACUCACCAGCCCUACCAAGCAAACACUACGAAUUUAAAGGGAAAGUCUUUAAGCCCCAACACAUUUAAACUUACCUGAAGGGACCCACAUGAUAUCAUCUACAUCACUUUAAUCUUUGGCUGCCUCUUGCUCACGUACACAGUGUAGGCUAUUGGACUGCAACCCCUGUGACCCAUGCCGUUGGGAAACCUCCACCCACUCCACCCAGCUGAAAGUCUUGGGUUUUUCUGGCGAGAGCUGUAGCUGUAGCUGGCAUUUGAUAAUCAAAGCCACUGUGGUUCCUCGAUCCAGGACAGAAAUGUCCUGGAGACGAACAGCCUCCCUGCAGCUGGACAUUCGGUUUUUCAGAAGUUAUGCACAGGUCGGACACGCGUGCUUUACCAUGGGGAGUUUCUGUUCCUCACACCUGUUGCUUUAAAGAUUAACGUUCAUGUUAAAAUAUAUUUGAUGCGCCAAUAGCAAAGAACAACAACCAUCAAAGAAAUAAACCCAUGAAUACCCUUUUCUGUGUUUAUUUAUCCAUAUUUAUUGAGUAAAUUAUUCAGUCUGAUGUUAAUGUUAAAACUGUGUUAUAAACAAUGAAAAAUUAAAGUCUUAAUUGAUUUUGCCA